AUGAGCUACUCACCAAACAAGACAGCUCAGUCAGAAAUGAAGCCAUUUUCUUCAUUUUCCCCGAUUCCCGAUUAUUCCAUGGAGAAUGGAUUUCAAGGAUUUGAAUUUCCAAAUUCAGAAGGCUUCCAAAAUCCAGAAGUCCACUCAAUUCCAGAAUACACUGUCCCAGUGGAAGCAGAAGUGACGCUUCCAUUUAUGGCUCCAGGGAUGGAGAGCUCAUGUGCACAAUGCGAAGAUCUAAAAUUCAAAAUUCGACAAUUCGAAGACACCGUUCACAGCUGCACUCAGAAUCUCAACGACUCCAGAAUCGCCUACUCUGAAGAGUUGAGAACUUCCAACGAAAAAGAUCUGGAAAUCAAGAAACUCAUGGACCACCUCGACGAAUCUCGUAUGAUUGUGGACUCUCACCAGAGGAAAAUUCUAGAAGUUCGAUCUAUUGGAAACGAGAAAAACCAAUUUUUGCAAAGUCAGAAUUUCAAGUUGAGAGGGGAAUUGAGAAAAAAAGAGGCGAUGUUGAGCCAAGCGGAUGGGUACAAAAUGACAUUGAAGCAGAAAAUUGAGGAGAAGGAUUCGAGGAUUUUGAGUUUGGAGCAAAAGGUGCACAGUCUCCAAGAACACCUCAAUGAACAACUCCGCAAAAAUAAGUGCCUUGAAAACUACAUGAAAGAACAGGGAUACUAUGUCAUGGAGUACGAUCAGGAUUCCGAAAAACUGAAAAGAAUUCAGGAGAACAAGAAGAUCCGCGAUCAGAUGAGAGCUCAAAAUGAAGAAAAAGACACAGUAAUCCAGAAUCUGGUAGAAGAGCGAGACCAUCUUCAAUUGCAACUCCAAACAGUUGAAAAAGAAAUAAACGAAAAAUUCUCGAGUCAGCAAACGGUGAUUGAGAAUCUGGAAGAGAAGCUUCUCGAAAGAAUUCGUAAGAACUUCAAGAGCAGUCUGACAGAAACAAGUCUUUGGAAAAGUACAAGAAUAGUCAAGUUCCUUCGGAGGACCGUGAGAAAAUCGCUGAACUUGAAGCUAGAAAUUCAGAGUUGGUCAAGGAAUUGGAGGCGAUGA